UUUGGAUAUUUCGCCAAGGCCUAAAUACUGGGGAUAGGAAGUUUGGCAUUCGAAAUUAACUCUGAUGGAAUUUUGAUGACAUAGUUUAUCCGUAGAGCAUCGAUUCAGCAACUUAACUCCACUUUGUGUAAUUACGGAGGAUACGGCAACAUGAAUUACUUCCCAGAGUUGAUGUUUAAUGUCGACAGUGGUUAUCUAGAAGGCUUGGUUCGAGGUUUCAAAUCGGGCAUCUUGACACGAACUGAUUAUUUGAAUUUGAUACAAUGUGAAACACUUGAAGAUCUGAAACUUCAUUUGCAAAGCACAGAUUAUGGGACAUUCUUAGCAAAUGAAGCAGGUCCACUGGCAGUAUCUGUUAUAGAUGAAAAGAUGAGGGAAAAAUUGGUGGUAGAAUUCAAUCAUCUCAGAAACCAAGCUUUUGAACCACUUGCAACAUUCAUGGAUUACAUUACCUACAGCUACAUGAUUGAUAACAUAAUCUUGCUGAUUACUGGUACCCUGCAUCAAAGAUCAAUUAAGGAGCUGAUUCCAAAAUGUCAUCCUCUUGGAAGAUUUGAUGAAAUGGCCUCCAUUAAUAUUGCAUCAACACCAGCUGAACUUUACAAUGCAGUUCUUGUAGACACACCACUAGCCCAAUUCUUUGUCGAGUGUAUCUCAGAACAAGAUCUUGAUGAAAUGAAUAUUGAAAUAAUUCGCAAUACAUUGUACAAGGCCUAUUUGGAGAACUUUUACAAGUUUUGUCAAGAACUUGGAGGUGCAACUGCCGAUGUUAUGUGUCAGAUUCUUCAGUUUGAAGCAGAUCGUCGUGCAAUCAUGAUAACAAUCAAUUCAUUCGGUACUGAACUCAGCAAAGAUGACCGUGCCAAAUUGUAUCCAAAGUGUGGGAAAUUGUACCCAGAUGGCCUAUCCAGGCUGGCACGCGCUGAAGGGCCAGAGCAAGUCAGAGAAGUAGCUGAAUGUUAUGCGGAUUAUGCCAUGCUGUUCGAAGGAACUGGAAGUAACCCUGGCGAUAAAACGCUUGAAGAUAAAUUCUUUGAGCAUGAGGUUACUUUGAAUAUACUUUCGUUCAUGCAGCAAUUCCAGUUUGGUGUGUUCUACUCUUAUGUCAGGCUAAAGGAACAGGAAUGCCGCAACGUUGUCUGGAUUGCAGAAUGCAUUGCCCAGAAGAAUAAGUCAAAAAUAGAUAAUUAUAUCAAUAUUUUCUAAUGUUCUUGGGUCCUAUAAUAAUUGCAAAAGAUUACAGUCAAAGUGUAUAAUAACGUUUUCUUUUCAGAUUUAAUAUUUAAUGUGACGAUUUCUUAGUUACCGCCUAUUGAUGUAGGGCUGUUUCAACCAAUAUUGUAUUUUCUCAAAGAUUCUUUAUUUGAUGGCGCAGAUGUGGUCCCCCUUCUCUUCGCACUUGGACAGUGUACUUUGAAUGGAGACAUGGUUUCCAACUAUUUUGAGAUGAAGACGCAUCUGUGGAUAACCUUAGGACAACCUUUCAUAAGCUUUCUAUGACGUCAUUUGUUGUGAGCAGAAUCAUCUUCUCUGAAUGCACCAACUCAUAAUUUCUCCAUAAUUCUUCCAUAAUUAAAAUGCUCAGUUCUAUAGCUACUUUUAUUUUUUCAUAUUUCAUUAUUAAUUAAGAAUUUCGAUUUCAAUUUAAAAUGUGAAAAGAUUUGUCAAACCCGUCUUGAUUUUAUUGUCUGUUACGAAGCUAUUGUAAGUUUUGACCUCAUUGGUGAUAGGAAGGUGAUUAUGACGGUAUAAGCAUAGUCAUAAGACUAUGGUAUAAGUUAAAACAGGAUCUCCAAAAUGUGGCGCCCAACCUAUGCUCCUCUUGUUUGUAAUGACAGCUUACUCACAAAUGCCCUGGUUUAUUUUCUUCGCAAUUAUGCUAAAUUUUUCAUCAUCCCCAUAGGUCGUCUCCAGCUAGUAUAUGUUUUUUUCAUAUAUUUCCUUGACUGGUCGAUAUGAUUCCAACAGCAAACCACCUUUUUUAUCAAUUUUCUUUUUAUGAUAAUUUUCAGUAACGUUCUAGUUCUAGAAAUCAUCAUAUUUAAUAUAAAAAGUCUGUAAUUCUUGCAUUGAUUCAUUUAGUAAUUGAAUUGUAGAAUUCCUUAGUAGAAAUUCGUAAGGAAUUGAUCUUGAGGAUAAA